AUGUUAUUUACUUAUUAUUUGUUUUCGUGUUAGAUUCUUUAAGGAUAAUUUCAAAAUGUCUAACAUUGUACAAAGUACGGCAUUUGACUACAAACAAAUAAUAAUUGACGAAAUAGCCUUAGACGGACUCUCGGGCAUAAGUUUCAAUCAAUUAUGGAAACACAUGGAAAAACGAAUUUCCGCACCAGUUACGGAGAAAAUGAAGGCUCGCUUCUGGCAGUUUAUUAGUAACUGUAGCUGUAUAACAUUCUACGAAGUUCCAGAGCCCGCCCCAUUCAUAGAAAUAGUGGACAGGUUCAUGAUCGUUGAUGAACUUUCUGGACAUCUUAUAGACCCUGAAAAUUACUUAGAUGGACCUUAUGAAUACUGCCCAGUGGAAAACAAUUUUGGGUCCUGCAAUAAUUACAGUACCAGAAAGGAGAUUCCCAAAGACCAACUACAGGCUUUAAGUUACGAAAAAGUUUUGACGGAAUAUGGUGACACUAUGAUUAUGGUAGCAAGUGCAGGACAAAGAUGGAAAGCAUUGGCAUCUCACAUGCCGGAAACAGUGCGAGCGCAGCUAACACCGGUACAUUAUUGCAUUCUGGAGUUAGUGGGCAAAGCUAGAGAUAAUGGACAAAUGACAGUGGGCAAAACAAACUUAACAAAAAUUGUUAAAGAAUCCAAAUUGCUCUUUUACAACCGAAAACAUCUGCAGAGCCUUGGUUUGAUUCAAGUGGCAUGCUUGACCAUUAAAAUACAAGGCAAAGGCAUAAAAAGCAUAAUUCUCAGGUUGAAAAGAUUCCACAGACCAACCAUAAUGUCUUUGCCAAAAGUUGGUAAACUUUUUAAAGUGAUAGAUUAUUUGAAGCAGCAACCGGAAUAUUGCGAAAAAACUGAUGUCAUUAUAUCAAAAGGAUUUAUCACUCAGCAGAAUAGCAGAAGGUUGCAGAAGACUAUUAAUGUGUUUAAAUUUGACGAGAAAUUAGUGCAACCUUAUCCUACCAAUAAAAAAGGGAAAGCAGGUAUUGCAGUCAAGAGAAGGUUUAUAUCCCUCGUCUCAAAAAGCGACGAGUCCUCACAGUCUGAAGACGAAGAUAACGUUGACACCCUCGAGUGUCAGUAUAAGAUUGGUGUAGACUUGCUACGUCAAGCCUAUGAAAGGCUGCUGGAGGCGGGACUUAAAGGCUUGACACAAAUUGAGCUGUCGCAGUUGUUGGGGGUGGAGUUUUACACUAGUCGCUCCAUAUGUCGGAUAUUUAAAGCGAGGCAUAUUAUCAGAGAGUACCUGGAAGAUAAGGGGAAACAAAGGACAGCUAGGUACUAUGCUAUUGCUGCAGCCACUACCGAAAUGGAUCAGAAAUAUGAAGAGGAAAAGAAUAAGCUCUUGAAAUACAUUAAUGACACUAAACGUAAGGUUGAAAAAUCAUCCAACAAAGAAAACCCCGAGCAGGAUGAGGAUGAGAUACCUCUUAAAAAGAUCAAAUUGUCCAAAGAAGCUGCGAAUGAGGAAGCUUCAACAUCUACUAACAUUGACAAUGAAGUUACUGAAAUCAAAGUAUUAGACGGCUUGGAAAAUUUCAACAGUGAGUCACUAUUGUUCUCGAAAAAGAAUCCUACGCUCAGACAGUUGAAGUUUGCUAACGGACUCCUCAAAAUUACCAGAGAAAAGCUUGCAGUGUCAGGCUAUCAGACAUUAAGCAGUCUCGUCGCAAAAGAAUCUGGAGAACCACCAUUAGACACUAAAGCUCUCAAAAUCUUUGUGCAAAAGUUAGUAACUGAUGGUCAAUUGAAACUCAUGAAAAUAAAGUGGCCAACGGGUCCAGUUAAGCAUUCCAUCCUCAUCUGUGCUCCGCAUGUCAAAUGCACUGAUCCAAUCAUUAAACAAAAGCAGAAAGAGAUAGAGAUUAGAGCAUUCACAAAUAACAAGGUCAAAAAAGAAACCAUAGAACCGACUCACAGGCCAAUCUCACAGUACGCUUACCCCAGAUACAUGAAAAUUCAACUAUUGCACGAAUUUCUGUUCCAACUAAUUUAUUGCAGCGAUGUAAAAAUCGAAUAUCACCUGUCACCUGGAUUUGCCUCUCUAGUUAAUGUAAUUCCUGAAAUCAGCAUAGAAUUCGCAAUAGGUAACAUAAGCAACAGCGCUAUGUCAGAAAUCGCUCAUCUGAAAGUAGAACAUGAAUAUCUGCAACUGAAACUUCGGGAGGCGCCAGCGGAGUUGUACCAAGUGCUGCUGCAGUCCAAGAGUUUACAGGCUUCCAUCAGAACCAAUCUAAAAGUCCUGGCUAUGCUGGGCCUCAUACAGUUGAUUAUUCAACCGUCAGCCACUGCCACCGAGGUCGGGGUGGUGCCUACUCUAUCAAGCUACUCUUUCUACCUCAACAGGACAGCAAAAGUAAUCGACACGACGGGCACGUGGCCGAGAGCAGAUGCCGACAAGGAAAGCUUGGAAAAGACAUUUUACUUUGAAACAAUGGACGACGUCAAGAAAUACUGGAAUGAAGUUUACGAAAUUAGUACCCACACCACCAUAGAGUACGCAGAUCGGGGGCGCAAAAAACUGGAACCUCCCGUGAGAAAAGUAGACGAAGUGCAACAAUAUGACAACGGAGAGAUAUUCGGUGACGGCGCGGGGCCCUGCGGCUUCGACUCCUGCUUCUACAUGGACCUUUCGCGUUUCUGGAAGGCAUUCUACAUCCGCAUCAUCAAAAACAAACCGAUUAAAAAACACGAAUCUAAACCAACCCGUAAGAGGAAAAUUGUGCCUGAGAAAAAACCACCAAAGAAGAUCGUAAAAAUUAGAAAGAAGAGACAGAUGAAACCUCGAGAUGAAUUGCAUCCCAAAAUCAAAGUGCCACAAAGGAGGUCCGCCGACCCUGCAGUCAAAUGGAGCGCAUGGGAGGAUACGAUAAUAAACAUGUGCAAAGUUGCCAUAACGAUCUUGAGUCCUGUUGCGCAGCCUGGUUGUCUGAAAGUGCGUAAUACGGCAGCGAGGGAUCUUUUAGCCAUCUUUGAUCCAAAGAAGAUCGGCAGUGUUUGUCACAGGAGGGCGAAUGCUCUCGAAGCAAACAUGACCCUUCAACAUGAGAAAGAAUGCUUGAUCAACGAAUUGAGGCGACGUCGUGACCUGUUGGUGCAAUACGAAGGCCUAUGGAAGAAGCUCAGAAUUAAACAUUGUACGAAUAUGACGAAGUUUAUUAACGAAGCCCGGAUCCCGAUGUUCGAGCUGGUGUGGCUCAUAAACCAGUUAGUACAGAAUAAAUCUCACCUGAAAAGAGUGCCGUGCGUUGCGAUGGACAUCCAAGAUUUCCAUAAAAAGUACAUAAUCUCGGCCACUACCGCGAACAAUGCGUGCAAUAUUUAUAGGGCAGGGAAUGACAAUCUCGACCUUACCUUGGUAAAAGAAACCAUUAUACUGACAUUGAUGGAAAAUUUGAACACCACCCCAACAACAGAAAAUGGUAAGAAGGUUUUCGCGAUUUUGAAAGAAUUUCCCGAGCGAACAUUGAGAAUUGGUUUAGACCAAUUGCGGAAAAGUGGUGCGGUGGCCUGCAUUAACAAAGUGCUGAAUUACCACCUCCAUCGACUGGAUAUCCAGGAUUCUGUGCAGGCCUCGUAUAAGAUAUCAGCGGCCUAUAUGCGCAGAUGGAUCAACAGACAGAACACGGAGUUUUCUGACCUCUUAGCUGAUGUCCUAGACUCCAACCUGCCCCGGAAUCAAAUAAAAGCCUCGCCCGAGGUCAACUGCAUGCUGUGCGAGUUCCAGUCUUGUGGGUUGCUGGAAAUAAUUUCGGUGACUCUGCCCGUGAUCACGGGGCCGUCGGGAUCUAUAAUACACGAACAGCAACUCAAUGUGUUGGACAUAGAAAUGAAGUUCAAAUUGAAAUCUGGAAUUGUGGGAUGGAAGAAAACUGCUGAAUUCGAACACUUUACCGAUCAUUUUGACAUGCCUCUAGAAGAUCUACCCCAAAUUCUGCAAAGGCAAGGUAUACUGCCGGAGGCAAACAAUAAUGAAAACACAAAUGAUAAAAUUGUAAGACACUUGAAAAACAAAGGUGAAAAAGGCGCGCUAUUAAGCGAAUUACUGGCUGAAGUCGAACACGACAGCUCUGCCCUUACCAAGCUCCUAGAAAACCUACAAUCCAAGAACAUAAUAACGCAAGUGGGAUACUAUGAGAACCGAAUAAUACUAACAGAGUUUGCCAAGCCCUGGACCAUCGAACUAGAUGACAACCUUGUGAUACCAACGCCAUGGCGGACUUUGAGCGGCGAUGUUCGAUACGACGUCUUCUUUAAAUGGUGCGGCGUCGUCAUUAAUAAAGUAUUCGAACUGCCUGCAUGCACCAUAGCAUUCCUAUCUCACUCGUACGAAUACCUCACCACCAGAGCUGUUCAAGAAAUUUGUACGUUCUUAGAAAAGUGCCGAUGCGUGGAACUAAAAGUGUUAAGGACUCCUGCGCUUGACUUGUUCUCGGAAGACGAGCCUUCAAAGUUCACCGAGUACAACCCGUUCGAAGCGCCUGAAGAUAUUUACGUGUAUCCAGUGAAGGACUCUUUGACGAAAUAUGCAUUUGUUCGGAAAAUAUUGUUAUUAAACCAACCUAAAGAAGUAAACCAAGUAACAGUUUCAAGUUAAGGUACCAGUGCUAGUUUGUAAAUUUG